AUGAUGCUGAAUAUGUUCCCAGGAGGAGGUCUGCUCCGAGCCUGCCGCCUGCAGAUUUAUCUGAUUAGUGAGCAUGUGCCGGGGAACACUGAAGUUGGCUCGGUAAUAAGCAUUAUAGGCGGUCUGUCGGAGCUCAGUCCGUGGGAGGGGUCUGCCAAACCUUUCCCUCUAAUUGACCAGGGAGCAGAAGCAGCCGGGGAUGCGAGCAGCCACAGACGGGGAGAGAGAGACGGACGCAUGGGCUUAACAAAAAGGGAAACCCAGCCCCAUGCUCAAAUGGCUGAUCUUGAACUGUUUUACUUUGAUCACCCCGAUCUGAGAGACACCUCCCUGGUUUUUAAUAAGGAGAGUUUAAGCGAGAUCAGCGGGGGGAAGUCACUUCACCCCGGCGGAGGAGAAGAUUCAGCACCAUGGACAGAGACCCGGAGCGCCGCGCGGCCGGAGGAGGAAACUGAAACAUCUUUCACUUGCAAGCAUCAAGCUUAUGAAGAUGAUGAUGAUGAUGUCCAGCUGAUAGGGACAAGUCCACACACCUGCAGACUGAGUCAGAGCUCCUCAAGUGAACUGUACGAGGAGGAGGUGGUGGAGGAAGAAGAGGAAGAGGAGGACAUCCCGGAACUUUACUUACUGUCCGACGACGACCUCUCCUCUGACGGCUCGGGGAAGUCUGUGGAUUACGGCUUCAUCAUCGCCGUCACAUGCCUUGUGACUGGCAUCUCUCUGGUCGCCAUAUCCUACACUGUCCCCAGGGACGUCCGCGUGGACCCGGACAGCGUGUCCGCGCGGGAGAUGGAGCGCCUGGAGAGGGAGAAAGCCAGGGUGGGGGCCCAUCUGGACCGGUGUGUCAUAGCGGGGCUGUGCCUGCUCACCCUCGGGGGCGUGCUGCUCUCCACCCUGCUCAUGAUCUCCAUGUGGAAAGGGGAGAUGAUGAGGAGGAAAGCCUUUGCUUAUUCCAAACACGCAGCAAAGUUGUACGGCUCGAUCAAUUUGAGAGCAGGCUCCAGCCCGACUCGGGAAUCCUGCUCACAUUUGUCAGCGGCUGAUGAGGAUUUAGAAGUACUCAGCUGA